AUGUCGGGCAGUACACUACCCUCCUUGCUGCUGUCGCUCUUGUCCCGGCUGCCCUCGCCGCUGCCGUCGACGGUGCCGCUCCUGCUCCUCUUGCCGAGAGAGCCUGCGUCCCCAGCAAGUGCCGCUGCAUUGGAGGCCAAGGCCAGUUCUGCGGCAACGAGGCCAUCAACCACCACUGCAAGAACGGUCACGUCUAUGAGUGCAACCGCCACACCGGCAAGACCUGCGACUAUGGAUACAGAAAGUCCUGUGGCCAGUGCGGCAAGCUCAGUUGCUAAGCGGUGGAUUGGAUAA